AUGGUCAAAAGGGAGCGAAAGCGGUCCUGUCGUCGAUGCGUCGAAUUGAAGGUCAAGUGUGCUGUCAACGAGGGGAGCAAUCGAUGUCAACGCUGCUUCCGACUCGACCAUGCAUGUGUAUUCCCGGACAUGUCCACUCGUAGACCAAAGAGUCGGAUUGAUGCAUUGCAGGAGAAGGUGGAUGGAUUGCUGUUUCAACUGGGCCAUAAUACUGGUACAUCAAAUGCCGGGAAAUUAAAUUCAGAUCCAACAAGCCCAUGUCCAAUUCCAGACCUCCUCACGCAGGCAGGCCCCCUGCUGGAGAAAUUCCGCAGCGUCAAAAUGCCCCAAUUCCCCUUCGUUGUCAUCCCAUCCACCACCACAGCCUGGACGCUACAGAACCAAUCCCCCUUUCUAUUCCUUGCCAUCAUGGCCGCCAGCACGGAGGACAACCCUGUGCUGCAAAAGACCCUCGACCAGCAGCUCAAGCAGCGCAUUGGACUGAACAUCAUCAUGAACAACGAGCGCAGCAUGGAUCUCCUCCUGGGUCUGCUCGUCCACAUCGCAUGGGACCAUUACCGAUGGGAGACCGUGCAUACCGAGAUGUUCCUGUUGUUGCAGCUGGCGAUGACCCUCGUGGCGGAUCUGGGGCUACAGACGGGAGGAUUGACCAUGAAAAGCAUCAGUAUCUCCGCAGGAUGCAAGGCAGGACGUACGAGUGAUGAACUCGUCGCGUCGGCUGAGGGUAAACGGGCAUUUUUGGGGGUGUUUUAUCUCUGUUCAUUAUUGUCGCUGUUUCGACCCCAAUUGCAUAUGAAACACACGGAUUGGAUCGACCAUUGCUGUGCCUCUCUCUCUGAGAACCCCGAGUAUCCAACCGAUCGAAUAUUGAGAACAUAUAUCGAUAGUCAGUCCCUCAAGUAUACACCAGAGGACACUCUUCCUCUCGAGAUACAACACCCCAAUCAUCCACAUGACGCCCUGAUCGACAACUGGACACACUUCUUCGAACUCAAAUCCCGCCCUGUUCUCCUCCUCGGUCAGCUACUCGAGCGCCCCAGCCCGUCCAAAAUCCACCUGUCUACUCUCAUCGCCUCCACCGAGACCUUCCUCGUCUCGUUCCCCACCAUCCCAGCGGACCGCGCCGUCCAUCUCCCGCUGUCAUUCCACACCUACGUAUGGUACGCACUGCUGAGUCUAUCCAAGACUCUCCUCCUCGCCGACGCAGAGUGGGCGCGAUCCCUAGGUCUGGAGGCGCGCGUGUAUGACUGCGCAGGGGCGGUGAUGAUGCGGUACGAGAAGCUCUCUUCCGGGGAGGAUUUCUGGUCCAAUAGUCAUCGGACCAUAGGGAAGAUGGUGACGUGGUUGAAGGGACAGAUGACGCAGCGUAGAGAGGCUGCAUCUCAGGAGAUUGGACAUCAUGGGGUGGAUUCUGCAACAGGGUUCGAUGAUUUGGGCGUGGAUUGGGAUGCGGAUCUGUGGCAGCAGACAAUUGAGGGGUCGUGGUUUUUUCCCAUGUUUUCGCCGGGACGUGAUAGUUAA